CGGUCACUAAGUUGGAGAUGUUCCAAAUGGUUUUGUUGUUGCUUUUUCUUCUGUGCAAUUCUCUUGUUGCACCUGUGAGCUCUCUCAACGUUGAAGGCUCUCUGCUUUUGACACUGAAGAGGUCCAUCAUCGCAGACCCAGAAAGGUCUUUGAGUAACUGGAACUCUUCUGAUGAGAAUCCAUGCUCAUGGAAUGGGAUCGCGUGCAAGGAGCAAAGUGUUGUCUCCAUUAGUAUCCCAAAUAGGAAACUUUCUGGGUUUCUUCCUUCUGCGCUAGGAUCUCUUCCCCAGCUCCGCCAUGUCAAUUUGAGGAACAACAAGCUGUUCGGGAGCUUACCGGCUGAGCUCUUUCAAGCUCAGGGACUGCAAAGUUUGGUGCUUUAUGGCAAUUCCUUUUCUGGGUCAGUUCCAAAUGAUAUUGGGAAGCUCAGGUACCUUCAAACUCUUGAUUUAUCACAAAAUUUCUUCAAUGGGUCUUUACCUGCUGCCAUAGUCAAAUGCAAGAGGCUCAAAACCGUUGUUCUUAGUCAUAACAAUUUCACCGGUCCUCUGCCAGAUGGAUUUGGUGGUGAUUUGUCUUCUCUAGAAAAACUAGACCUUUCUUUCAAUCAAUUCAAUGGUUCAAUUCCUAGUGAUAUGGGAAAGCUAUCAAGCCUGCAAGGAACUGUUGAUUUGUCUCAUAAUCAUUUUAGUGGUUCAAUCCCAGGCAGCCUUGGUAAUCUACCUGAGAAGGUUUACAUUGAUCUUACUUACAACAAUUUAAGUGGUCCAAUACCACAAACUGGUGCUUUAAUGAACAGAGGACCAACGGCUUUUAUUGGCAAUCCUGGCCUAUGUGGCCCCCCCUUGAAGAACCUUUGUGCCCCGGAUACUCCUGGUCCCAGUUCACCUUCCUCAUUUCCAUUUUUGCCUGAUAAUUACCCACCUCCGGAUACUGACAAUGGUUCUGGGAAAAGUGAGAAAAGCAAAGGGCUAAAUAAGGGUGCUGUUAUUGGCAUUGUUGUGGGAGAUAUAAUUGGAAUUUGCCUUUUAGGUUUGCUGUUCUCUUACUGCUACUCAAGGGUUUGUGGUUUUAAUCAGGAUCAGGAUGAAAAUGGUUUUGAUAAGGGAGGGAGAGUGAGGAAGGAGUGCUUAUGCUUCAGAAAAGAUGAAUCUGAGACCCUAUCUGAUCAUGUUGAGCAACAUGAUCUUGUUCCAUUAGAUGCUCAAGUGGCAUUUGAUUUGGAUGAGCUUCUUAAGGCUUCAGCUUUUGUUCUGGGAAAGAGUGGAAUAGGGAUUGUCUACAAAGUGGUGCUUGAAGACGCGCUUACCUUGGCUGUGAGAAGAUUGGGGGAGGGAGGUUCUCAAAGGUUGAAGGAGUUCCAAACAGAAGUUGAAGCAAUAGGAAAGUUAAGGCAUCCAAAUAUUGUUACUCUGAGAGCCUAUUACUGGUCUGUUGAUGAGAAGCUUCUCAUCUAUGAUUAUAUUCCCAAUGGAACCCUUGCCACAGCAAUUCAUGGGAAAGCUGGACUUGUCACUUUUACACCACUAUCUUGGUCUGAUCGAAUAAAAAUCAUGAAGGGAAUUGCAAAAGGAUUGGUCUACCUGCAUGAAUUUAGCCCCAAAAAAUAUGUCCAUGGAGACUUGAAGCCAAGUAACAUACUGCUAGGGCAUAGCAUGGAACCCCACAUUUCUGAUUUUGGUCUUGGCCGCCUUGCAAAUAUUGCUGGAGGGUCUCCAACCUUGCAAUCCAACCGAGUGGCUGCAGAGAAACCCCAAGAAAGACAAAAGAGCUUAUCAACAGAAGUUACAACUAAUAUUUUGGGAAAUGUUUAUCAGGCUCCAGAAACACUGAAGGUGGUGAAGCCAUCACAGAAGUGGGAUGUUUAUUCAUAUGGUGUGAUUUUGCUUGAAAUGAUUACAGGCCGAUUGCCCAUUGUCCAAGUUGGUAAUUCAGAAAUGGACCUUGUUCAAUGGAUUCAGUUCUGCAUUGAUGAGAAGAAGCCACUCUCAGAUGUAUUAGAUCCCUAUUUAGCUGAAGAUGCAGAUAAGGAAGAGGAGAUUAUUGCAGUUUUGAAGAUUGCUAUUGCUUGUGUCAAUAACAGCCCAGAAAAGAGACCCGUAAUGAGGCAUGUGCUUGAUGCUUUGGAUAGAUUGUCCAUAUCCUCUGAUUGAGAAGAGCUGUGAAUUGUGAAUCCAUUUCAUUUUGUGAGGCUUUUUUACUCUUUUGUUACGGUUUAGAAGGAUUUCAAGCUGCUAGGUUUGUCCAUAAGAGUUUCACUAAUUGUACGAGUCCUCCUUGUAUUGAAACACUAGAAGAGAAAAAGAAAUAUGUUUGAGCCAAAGCAGUCACUUAAGAUUUUCCUCAUUGUAAUUUGCCAGUACAUAGGAACUGAAUUGUGUUGGUGUUG